CUCUGACAACAAAUCGACUCCCCCAUAUUGUUCUAACUAACCCAACUUAGUUGAAUAGGUUUAAUCGGAGAAUAUGUUUUAUUGAGAGGAGAUGUUAGUCCCGUUGGAUAACUAACUGCCUCUUUAGUCCCGUCGGUGACAUUCAGAGCAAUACGAGACAACUCUGGCUGGCUAGCAGCAGCUAACUCCAGCUAGCGUCACUAAACAGCUCAACACGAGAGAGAAGAUGGACUCAAGAGUCACGGCCGCUUCCAAAGGUGAGCCCUUACCUGUGGCCUCGCUGCGCCUCCUGGUGCCGCCCUUCCAGCUCAUGGCCGCCUCCAUGUGGCAGGUCCUGAGGACGCGAGACGUCUUGAACUACUGGAAAGUGGCCGAGUUCGUCUCCACGGUGACGGACGUGGUCCCGGAGCUGCUGCUGCAGCGGCACAGGGCGCAGCUCAGCCUGGGGCUGAGGGCCAGGUAUAUUCUUGAGUUGUGCCGGAGUGACCAGCCGGUGGAGACCGACUUCAUCGUGUCCAUCUUGAACCAGAUUGAACUGCGACACCACGACGAGAUGAAAGAAUCACACGAGGAGGAAGUCGCGGUUCACUUCCUGGACUUGAUCCAGACUCUGCUCAGAGAUCCCCGAGAGAGGCGAGAUUUCUUCUCGGAGGUCUUCCCUGCAGAGUACGGGCCGCGGUACGACAGCGACUUGCAGGCGCUGUUCUCCGAGUUCCUCCGCCGGCUGGCUCAGCUGUUGCCGGUUCCGGACCUCGAGCAGACGGCGUCGUGGCUCGGCGCCGAGCGCUCCGCGCUGGAGGACGUGGUGCGCUCCGUCUCGGCGCCCGCGGACCUGAGCGCGUUGCUGCGGACGCACAAAGACCUCGGGCACCUCGAGCGGCACGUUCCUCCCUCCAGCGCGGGCGCCGGCAUCCUGUCCUCCCUCGCCGCGGCCCCGCCGAGCCGAGCGGCCAAACCCACGGAGCGACCCGGCCAAUCGGAGGACGGCGUCGCUCCGCGAGGCCUCGGCGACGACGCGGCGGUGGAAACCAUCGCGGUGACCGAGUACGUCGAGGUGGAGUUGGACACGAGCGCCGACGUCCGGGAGGCGACGGGACCGGGAAGCGCCGCCGGCGGCGACUCGGCGGCGGCGCUUCCCGAAGAGGUCGCGCGGGGUCGAGCUGCGGGCGGCUCGGCCGACAUCGUGCGCCCAGAAGUCGGCGAGGACGACGCGGCGUCUUCCCGAGGAAAAGCGUCCGCGGGACCUCACGACUGCUCGGACUGCGAGAAGAAGUUCAAGUUCGCCUCGUCGCUCACGGCCCACCGGGUCGUCCACACCGGGGAGCGGCCGCACCGCUGCGGCGACUGCGACCGCCGCUUCUCCUUCCGGCAGUCGCUCGACCGGCACCGGCGCACGCACCGGACCGGGCGCCAGUACGCGGAGGACGGCGUCUACGCGUGCAGCCGGACGUUCAACUGGGAGCCGGCGCUCGCCAGGCACCUGAAGACUCACGGCGAGGAGGAACCCGGCAGCCAGGAGGACGAUGUGGAUGGAGAGCUUCAGAGCAGGGAGCCUGAAGGCACCGUCUCCGAAUGCACCGUCCCUGAAUGCACCGUCCCUGAAUGCACCGUCUCCGAAUGCACCGUCCCUGAAUGCACCGUCUCCGAAUGCACCGUCCCUGAAUGCACCGUCCCCACGGAGGUGGUUUUCCCGGCGAAUGUCCGCACUAGCGGACGCAAGUGCAGACCGACCAUGAAGAUCCAGGUGAUCAUGGCCACCAGACGCAGGAGGGAGGCCACCAAGGCCGACGCUCCAGAGCCGAAGCCUUCCACCCGCGCCGAGCACUCGGACGGCUCGCCCGGCGUCUCCGCGCAGGACGCUGAAGACGAAGGUUCUGCUGCUGCCGAGGCUCCGGCCCGGCCGCCCCCCCGGCCCCCCCCGGGUGAAGAGGGCCGCUUCGGCUGCCCGGACUGCCAGAAGAGCUUCAAGUUCCAGUCCCUGCUGAACGCUCACCGCCGCAUCCACACGGGCGAGCAGCCCUUCCUGUGCGCCCAGUGCGGCCGCCGCUUCUCCUUCAAGCAGUCGCUGGAGAGGCACCGGCACACGCACCGCGGCGGGCGCCGCUACGAGUGCCCGAUCUGCGGCGAGUUCUUCAAGAGCCCGGCGGCUCAGCGGGAGCACCGGGGCGCCCACAUGGAGAACGGAGAGUACCUGUGCUCCCGGUGCGGCCGCGCCUUCGCCUGGAAGUCUGCGCUGGUGAGACACCUGAAGACCCACGGCGAGGACGGCGAGGACGGCGAGGAGGCGGCGGGGGGGGGGCGCCCCCACCGGUGCCCCCGCUGCGCCCUGGGCUUCAGCUGCGCCGGCUACCUCGCCCGCCACCUGCAGACGCACCGGGAGGAGCGGCCGCACGCCUGCGACUGCGGCAAGAGCUUUGCGUGCCGCGCAGCGCUCACCGCGCACCAACGCACCCACGGCAAGGAGCGGCCGCACGCCUGCGCGCAGUGCGGCAAGGGCUUCCUCUACAAGGGCGGCCUGCUGAGCCACAUGCAGGUCCACUCCGAGGAGAAGCCCUUCGCCUGCUCCUUCUGCGCCAAGAGCUUCAAGCGCCAGCGCAACAUGAAGAAGCACGAGCGCUGCCACACGCGCCAGGACGUGUUCGGCUGCUCGCUGUGCGACAAGAGCUUCGUGUACAAGGCCACGCUGACGCGCCACCAGCUCACGCACUCGGGCGAGCGGCCCUUCCUCUGCGCCGACUGCGGGAAGGGCUUCUUCUCCCACGCCGAGCUGCUGAAGCACGAGCGCUUCCACACGGGCCACGCCCCCUUCCAGUGCCCCCACUGCGGGAAGAAGUUCACCCAGUCCUGCUACCUCACCAUCCACCUGCGCUACCACACGGGCGCGCGGCCCUACGCCUGCUCAGAGUGCGACAAGAGCUUCCUCAGCGCCAACCGGCUGAAGAGGCACCAGCGCACGCACUCCGGGGAGAAGCCGUACCUGUGCGCCGAGUGCGGGAAAAGCUUCAGGCAGUCGUACAACAUGAAGGUGCACCAACGCACACACGCCACCAAGAGGAGGUAGUCUGGGGGCAGGACAGGUGAGAGGAACUCCAGGGUCACGAGUUACAUGUGAGGUCGUUAACCUCCUGUGACCUUUGGGCUCAAUUUGACUCCAUUUAGUUUGAAGUCUCUAAAUAAAUGAAUGACAUCAUUUUUGCUUCAUA